GAACAAACAUGGCGUCGCCCUGUUGCCCAUAAUUUUCAGCAUGUUGGAUAAUAUAGUGUAACUGACUAAUGUACAUAAAUGUAUCCUCCUUGAAAUCACAGUAUUUCGAAGCUACUCGUUUUAUUAAAUCAUCAUGGCUCUUCAGCGCUUGUUAUUCGGCGUAAGGCGUAGCUGUACAUUCAUUUCAGCUUGUCGGCGGACAGCUCUCCAGUCUUCAAGAGCGUUCACCUCUAUAUAUACUCAGUUUAUUAAAGUGACCGACACCAAGAGCAUCUUUCGUCCACUCGUUUCCCCAGUGCGCGUGGCUUCAUCCCGUGGAGCGUUCACCUUCACCUCCGCUGCGGUCGCGAAGGACGUGCUGCUCUUUGAACACGACCGGACGCGCUUCUUCAGACUGCUGGCUAUAUUCUGUAGUGGUCAGUUUCUGUUCUGGGCGUAUUUGGGCCAUUUCGCUUUUACAAGUCUAAGAGACACGAGGAAAUACAGUGAACCUCAGAAGGUCAGAACUGAACUGGGGGGUUUCUUCAGUUUUGAUAUGAACCUGGGCUCAAAUGCCUGGAGGUAUGGAUUCACUUCUGGAUGCUUGAUUAUUGGUGGAGGAAUCCUUGCUUUGGCAUCAUUGUUCAGCCGUCGCUCUGUCAGUCGUGUGAUUCUGCAUAAAGGAGGUGCAAAAGUGACCGUUUACACACAGUCUCCACUUGGACCCCAGAGAUCUCACCACUUGACUGUGCCUUUGAGUCAAGUGGCCUGUUAUGCUCACAGACAGGAAUCACAUUCAUUUAUCCCUCUGAAAGUCAAAGGCUACAAGUUCUACUUCCUUAUGGACAAAGAAGGAACUGUGAACAACCCUAAACUGUUUGACAUUACUGUUGGGGCUUACAGAUCCUUAUAAUAUGUUCUUCAUGUAUUUCUGCAGUUCACCCUUCAUUGUGUUAAAUAUCUGCUGCUCUGAAUGAUGAAUAAAGUGUAUUUUUGUCUAAAA